ACAUCACAGAUUCCAUUUCAGUGAGUCAGGGCCGAUAUCCACUGAAAUUAUAAUGGGAUAAUUAAAGCUCAUUACGAUCAGCGAAUGGGAAAAACUUUGCCAAAAGAGUCCGUCUCCAGACAGUGUUCCACUUCCUUGGCUCUGGCUCCAUAAAUAUCCGAGUCGGCUGCGGAACGUAAAUCUUCAUUUAGUCUGGUUUGUUCCGAACUUUCCCUUUCCCCAGCUCCUUUUCAACUCACCCAUACCGUAAGUUACGCCCUUUGUGGAUAGUUGCUUGAGCUCAAGUAAAAAUAUAUUUCCUCGCCGCACCGCAAAUGUUGACAAUUAAUCACGAAAUGUAUGGAUACGGCUACGAAACGUACUGCACACCACUGGUCCGGUCCAUAAUUACAAGACUCGAGUUCCCCCUCCAUGGACCCCACCCCUUCGCACUUUCAGACACACCCAUACUCCCCAUCCGCACUUGAAGACUUGAACUUAAUCGGCUCUGAAAGCGGAGAUAAGACUACCAAGUCGCCCCAGCAAUCAAAUCCGAAACUCAUACCCAACCAGAAUGUUAAUUGCCAGAUCCAGAACCAAAACAGAAAUAGAAAUGAAAAUGGAAAGAGUAGCUCAGCGGAGAAAUGUUUUGUUCUAUAUUCCUUCCUCAAGUACCCAGAACCGGUUAGGUUGGAAGUUCAUGACAGCAGCGCAUCAAACAUCAAGACCCCGGUCAAAGUCCAACCAUGGGAAAUUAGUGAAAUAAAUCAAAGUGGAAAAUGGUUUUUAGGAUGA